AUGUUAAAUGGUCUUCCAAAAAAGCUCAAUUACAAUCAUCAAGAUAUUACACAAGAAUCUCUAAUUGCUAAAACGUUUUAUGACGUAUUUGUCAACGCAGGUCUAAAUUUAGCAUCCAAACUAAAACACAGUGAUUUUAACAAGGAGAAAUACUUGACUCCUAGCAAAUCAAUAAUGGAAAAUGCGGAGUUAACCGAAAAAGAGUUAUUAGAUGCUGUUCUUUCAUUAAAAUUAAACAAAUCACAAGGAUUUGAUAACAUUAGCAGUAAUGUCAUAAUUAAAUGUAUCUUCUAUAUUAAAAAAAUCCUUUUGCAUAUAUUUAAUCUUUCGUCAAAGGCUUGUUCUCCUACAAUAAAAAACAUUGCAUCGUAUGAAGCUGCAGAAGACAUUGAUUUUGGUGUGGAAUGCACAAUAUCUAACUCGCCAUUUCACAAUUCAAGUUUAGAGGCUUAUUCUCCUACAAUAAAAAACAUUGCAUCAGAUAAUAAAGCUGUAGAAGAUUUAAACAUUGAUUUUGGUGUGGAAAAUGCAAUAUCUAACUCGCCAUUUCACAAUUCAAGUUUAGAGGUACAUGCUUGUUCUUCUAUAGAAAAAGACACAGAUUUGGACGAAGAGGAAACAAAUUCAAAAGAUUUUGAUAAGAAGGAAAUUCACCCAGAGAAAUUAGUUCAUUUGUCAAAAAUGAGUAACACCAAGGUCAAGUCAAUGAAAAAAAAAACCAGGCAGAAUUUGUAUAUUUUGCAACAAAAUUCAAUCGAGAUUAACAAGACAUAUAACUUUAAAACAUAAAGAUAUAGAAACUGUUAAAUCAGCUUUGAAUCUUCCAGACAGAGAAAAACUAAAAAUGUUUGAUAAAUUUAAAAAAGAAGGAAUAAAAAAAUAUAACAUUGAUCAAACAAAAGAACUAAAUCCUAACUUUCAAAGGUAAUAAUUUUUUAUUUCAUAGAAAAUUGAAAAAAAUUCUUUUCUCAAUUGAAAACAUUCUUAUAUAUUUUUAAGUUUGUUUUGUUUUUUAU